AUGACCAUCAAACAGAAACCAAACUUCAUUGUUGUCGUUGCUGACGACUUGGGUUUCACCGACUUGAGCCCCUUUGGUGGUGAAAUCGAUACGCCCAAUUUGCACAAACUCGCCAAUAACGGGCUCAGAUUUACUGAUUUCCAUACGGCCUCGGCUUGUUCGCCAACGAGAUCUAUGCUUCUUUCUGGUACUGAUAACCAUAUUGCUGGUUUGGGCCAGAUGGCCGAGUUUGCCAGGAACCACCCGGAUCUUUUCGGUGGAAAGCCGGGCUACGAGGGAUACUUGAACUUUAGAGUCGCUGCGUUGUCUGAAAUCUUGCAAGACUCUGGCUACUACACUUUCCAGAGUGGAAAAUGGCAUUUGGGGCUUACCGAGGAGUACUGGCCAAGCAAGAGAGGGUUUGAUAAGUCGUUUACGUUGUUGCCAGGCGCUGGAAACCACUUUAAGUACUUCCCAAUCGACGAGGAAAACAAGGGCCCUGCCAAGUUCAUGGCGCCUUUGUUCCAAGAGAACAACGAGAGUAAAGACCCAUAUAGUCUCCCAGAGGACUACUACAGUACUGAUUACUUUACCGAUAAGUUUUUGGAGUACUUGGGCGACGACAAGGAAAGAGACCAGCGUCCGUUCUUUGGCUUUUUGACGUAUACUGCUCCACACUGGCCUUUCCAGGCUCCAGAGGAGGUUAUUGCCAAGUACAAAGGUAAGUACGAUGGAGGUCCAGAAGAGUUAAGAAGAAAGCGUUUGGAUAAGGCUUUGGAGUUGGGAAUUAUCCCAGAUGGCGUGAUUCCACAUGCUGUUGUUACCCAGAGAGAUAAAGCAUGGAGCGAGUUGACUGAGGAUGAAAAGAAGGCCGAAAACAGAAUCAUGGAGACUUACGCUGCCAUGGUGGAUCUCGUAGACCAAAACCUUGGCCGUGUGAUUGACCAAUUGGAGAAAACCGGCGAGCUCGAUAACACUUUCAUUCUAUUCAUGUCUGAUAACGGCGCCGAGGGAAUGAUGAUGGAGGCGCUUCCUCUUAACAAUCUUAACUUCCAGAAACAGAUUGAAUUAUUCUACAACAACAGUUUCGACAAUAUCGGCAAAAAAGACUCGUUUGUGUGGUACUCGGACCAGUGGGCUCAGGCAGCCACGGCUCCUGCUUACAUGUACAAGAUGUGGGCCAGUGAAGGUGGUAUUCGGUGUCCGUUGAUUAUCCACCAUCCCAACGCUAUUCCAGAGAAGAACAGAGGUAACGUGAAGCACGGGUUUGCUACAGUUAUGGAUAUUCUUCCUACGAUUUUGGAUUUGGCAGAGGUUGAACAUCCAGGCGACGAGUUCCGUGGCAGACCUGUGGUCAGGCCAAGGGGAUUAUCCUGGAAAGGAUACAUUACUGGCGUUGCUGAUUUCGCCCACGACGAAGACUCUGUCACUGGCUGGGAGUUGUUUGCCCAACAGGCUAUCAGAAAGGGUAAAUGGAAGGCCUUGUACAUUCCAAAACCUAUGGGACCUGAAAAAUGGCAGUUGUACAAUUUGAAGGUUGAUCCAGGUGAGAUUGACGACUUGGCUGAGAAGGAACCUAAGAUCCUUGAAGAGUUGCUUGACCACUGGAGUCAGUACGAGGCCGAAACCGGUCUUGUGCACUUUGCCGGUGCUCUUUACAACGACGCCAACUAUAACCCUAGAGUCAUCUACGAUUAG